GGAGCUCGUUCAGCAGCAGCUGCAGCGUCGUCGCCAGUGGCAGUCCUUUCGGUGAAGAGUUCAGCCGUCGUCGUUCGCCGUCGCCAUCGUUGUUGGUUGUGCUUUCGCCAUUCAUUGCCCGUCUGUCGUCGCCGUCGUUGCUCGUUGUUGCCGUCGCGUCGUCGGUCGGUCGGUCGCUCGUCCGUCGAGGUUCCCAGCGCAAAAUGACAAAAUGUGGAUAUUUUUUUAUAUUUUGAACUUUUGACCCGUACGCAAUCAGGUCAUAAUAAAAGAAAAAUAGAUAUAUGGUUAAUGUUGCAAAAUGAGCCAUGUAAUUUGUUGUUGUUUUUAUUGUUUGCCUACAGCAGCAGCACAAACAAGGCAAAACUUUGCUAGGCUUCUGAUUGAAAAUGCGUAAUCGUAACCUGAACCUUGAGUAAACACUCACACACACACACAUACACACACACACACACACACAUACAUACACUCAGCACAUGCUCCAACACACAUGUAGUCAACACGCAACUCGACGUCACAGGACAACACAUUGAGAGACGACGGCAACAACAAAAACAACAACAGCAACGUCAUUGGUCACACACAUUAUUAUAAAAACAAUGUCAUAUUUGAAGUGUUUGUGCUCUUCCCCCAACCCUUCCAUAGAGUCUCUCCACUAACUGUUUCCAAUUGGAUUCCCAAUUGCCAGUUACCAUUUUGGGGUCUCCAUUGAAUCACAAAGCAAAUGAAAAAUCGUUUCGUGCAAAGCACGAGGAGUCGCCAAGUUGCCCCUCCCUUGCGUACUCCCUAUCUCCCUCCCCCUUCCGGUUGUGGAGUGAACAGCGCCUCCUAUGCCGCAUAAUGCCAAUUGGAGUGAGUAGAGCUGCCUACUUACUCUAUUUGUAUGCGAGUGUGUUUCUUUUUUGUCCCUUGCAUGUGCACGUUCUCUCUGUAUAUGCAUGCAUGUUUGUGCGUGUGUGUGUGUGUCCAAUGAGAAUGUAAGCGUGCCAAAUGAAUUGAAAAUUACAUGCGGCUGAGUCCGCUUUUUACUCUUCCUCCUCCUUUCCCACUCGGCUCUAGGCAACAACUUCGCCGAAGGAGUUUAUUACUUCAACAACAACAGCAACAACAACAAUUGCCGCUCGUGACGCCCAUGUGAGCUCAUUGUCGCCAGUUGCUACUGUUGUUGUUUGUUGCUCGGCAGCGGCAUAUUUCCGUUUCGUAAUACUCCGGGACACGAGAGCACUGCCCUUCCCUCCCCUCCCACCAUGUCUCCCCUUCACAUCACUCUGCUGCCGCCAAAGAAUAACAAGCAAAGCCAAAACCAAACAGCAUUUAAACGUUGGCGAGGUUACAUAAAAAAUAUAUAUACCAAGUAUAGUAUAUAAAUAAAACGCAACGCCAAGUGUCGAGGUCUCGAAAAUAACGUCACAAAGUGAAAAAAACGCUGCUAUUCUUAACCCAUUUGACAGUCAUUAAAAUGUGAACUAAGCGCGUCUAACGGUUUAAUUUUGAUAACAUGCCUCCAUCUUGCUCUAACGCACACAGUUUAACAGGGUGACACCUGCACGUGGCAAAGGACAAGUGUAAGCAGCAGAAGAAGAGCCAAAGAGCGCAGCGCAUAUAAGUGAAUAAAAAAAAAACAAAAAACAAACAAAAAAGAAAACAAAACUGUCCGUCCAGCAGCUGUAACAAAAGCGACUAUAGCAACAAAUGAACUAAAUACCAAGCUAAGUAGCUAAAAGCAACAACAACAGCAACAUUGUCAACUAUAUCAGCAGCAACAACAGCAACUACGACUACAACUACAAAGAGUGAGAAGAGGCCAUUACUCAAAAUUGGCCAUUGGCAGGCCUACAACACACAGACACUCACACCCACACAUACAUUGUGACACGUACACACUCACACACAUAUGCGCAGCCUUUUGCCGCAGUCAUAAAAUAAUCAAGCAAAGGCAAAGAACUGAGCGGAGAACGGGCGAUUGGCAAAGGCGAAGGAGCAAGCGAGAGGACAGAGAGAGCAGAGCAAAGUGAAAACACUUGCUUGCUGGCUUGUUGGGGCUGUCUGAGGAGAGAGCAGCAGAAACGGAAAGGAAGAAGAGGCGUCACUGCAUCGUCGUCGAACUGCUGCUGACGAAACAUCUCCGUUGGGACGCAUAAAGCAAUUAGCAAAGGUUGACUUGACGCACUGCCAGGCGGGGAUCGCUCAUACGUUCGUUCGUUCGUUGGUUGGUCAGGAUUUUGUGGUGUGGCUUCCUUCCACAUGUCCAUAUCCAAUGCCAGCUAGUGCUAACAUGCGUGCUGUGGACGUUGUGGAUGUGUCGCAUCCCUGGGUUAUAUUUAGACUAAUUACGCGACUGGCAACGCACAACAGCGGGAAUGGAACACCACCCACAACAAUUGCCCAGCUUCAGCGGCUGCUGUGAGAGUUGAACGGCAAUGGUGGCAGAACAACAACAACAGCAAUAACAAGAGGAAGUCAACAACACGAACAAGAAUAACAACAAAUAAGGACAGCAACAACAUCAGCCGCAACGCAACAUAAAGCAAAAGCAAGAAACGAACUCGAAUCUCCCUGUGAUAUAACUGCACCGUAGUUGUAAUCGUAAAACGUAAAUCAUAGCUUUUAGUUAUCGUUUAUCGAUUAAUAGCUUAACACUGAUUCUAAGCUAAACCAACAAGAUAAACAACAAUUUCUCAACACUUAAUUAACGCCUCUCGUGCACCGACAGCCCAAUAAAUAAUAUAUACAUUAUAUAUAUACAUAUAUAUAUAGAGAUAUUCAUACAUAUACAUAUAUAUAUAUAAUAUACAGAUAUUUAAGCUAUAUAUACAAAAUAGAAGGAACUACACUCUCUGCCUCCCAUUACAAAUUGCUCUCCCCGUUUUUGGAUACUUUGCUGCCCGUUUGCCAGUUUGCCGAUUUUGCCGCCAGACCUGCGCCGUUUAAUUGACAAAUCCGGAUCCUUGCAACGCCGGACAUAGACCAAUCAUCAUCAGCAUAACAAACAAAACACACAUUUAGUGACUCAACAUGGGAGAUGAGGCGGACAAACGCACCACAAAGGAGAAACUGCUCUUCUAUACGACGGCGUUCUUCAUACUCCUCGGCACGUUCAGCAUGUUUGCAUUCCUGUUCCUCGUGCCGUUCGUCAUCGAGCCAGCGUUUACCACCAUCUUCAUGCAGUUCGAGGAGGUGCCAGCGCUGUGCGAGACCUACGACACCGAAAUCUAUUUCGGUGCCAAGAACUGUUCGUGGUCAUCGUGUCGCGAGGGUUGCACAAAGGAUAUAUACACGUGCACUCAGAUCCGUGUCAACUAUCGACUGAAUCUCUAUAAUUAUACGGAUGAGUUUAACUUCACGGAGUAUCACAUCAAUCUGAAGGAAUCGGAACGUGUCAUACCGCCCGUCAAGCGAACAGAUCGCUAUGAGCGCGCUCUACGGGAUUACGAGUACGAUAAUCUGGGUGCCGGAGAUGCCAACUCCAUCAUGGACAUGGAUGUCGAUACCGUGGGUCCCAGUGGUGGAUUACUGAGUGGUGGCAGUCGAUUUGAGCAGCUGAACUUUGGUGAUGCCGAUGGUUCAAAUGGCUAUUUAAUCGAGGAUUCGGAGGACACAGUGGGUCUCAGUGCUGCGGGCACACUGCUCAAUGGCGAGCGUCGACCAUUCGACGAGAUCUCCGAACUGAACGAGGGUCUGAUGGGCAAUAACUCGGCGUACUUUUAUGUCGGUGCCCGACUCUUUCCCAAUGUCAAGGGUUGUGGUUAUCCGCCCAUGCUGAACUGCACCAUUUGGCUGAAGCGCUACACGAAGGUGGGCAUGAAGUUUCCCUGCUAUUACUCCAAGGUGGAUCCCAGUCUGGUCAUCAGCGACUUGGACUAUUGGCAGAACACACUGAAUCUGGUCUAUUCGAUGGCCAUUCCCAUACCGUCGUUCAUCAUCUCGGUGAUUUACCUGACGUACGCGUACUUUAAGAUCUACAACGAGGACGAGGAGACGGCGCCGCUCGAUAAGAAUGCCGAGGAUAUGGACAUUGAUGACAUCGAUGCUGUCGAUGAUAGCGAUGGCGCCGUUUUGGCUGACAAUGCUGCCGGCAGCCAGAUCGUCAACAUGGACUCAACGACCAACGACAGCUGCCUGGAGGGCGUGCUGCCCAACGGUGGUCCUGGCAUGACCACAUGCAUAUCGCAAGGCGGCUCCAUCACCACGCCUGGCCACUACAUUGCUCAGUCGCCGGCGGGUUCACAGAUGAUGACGCCCAACUCGGAGAUCAACUCGUUUGGCCAUCAGCUCAAAGUGCAAAUGGCCGAUGAGUUGUCCAGGGAUUCCUUGGAGAAUGGCGUGCUAUCCACGUCGAACUCUGUGCAAGGAAACUUGAGCAAGACGAUGACGACGAGUAUCUCAACUCCACCUGGGCCGACAGCGGCAGUCUGAAACGUCAGGCGCAUGGUCUGGAAAAUGUUAGAUUCCGAUUCGGAAAAUGAACCGCUGCUGGAUGGCGAAUCCUAGACAGCAGCAAGUUGGUUCACCGAAUUGAAAGUAUAAAACGGAGCAAGCAACAAGAAACCCAAGUAUUUCUACCCUAAUACAAUCGAUAAACAACGCAUGCAACUAUGCGAAGCGAACCUGAAUACCUUCAGAGCUGUUAAAGACAUUUAAAAAUAACUAUGAUAGAUUAUAUUUACCUAACACACACUACACAACAACAACAACAUGACGCACACACACACACACACCCGAGUCACAUAAUAUUACGAUAGAUCGGAGUUAUUUUCGAAUAAGCUUAACACUCAUAACACAUUCAAUUGAAAUUAACAGAGCGUGUUUCCGAUAUGAUCUGAUGGGGGACGCAUCGGAGACAGUUGAGGACACUUUUUAAAGGAUGCGAGGCAUGACGAAGGUGUUACUUUAAUUGGUACAAAUACAAUAACAAGCAGACGAUGGCGAAAAAAAUAAAAAAAGAGUACGAAAAGGAAUACUUCAGUACUAUAUACCUAAAAAGCAAAUUAUAAAACUUAUACACAAUACAUAUACAAAUAUUUACUUGGAAUUAUUUUUCUAUUUGCAACAAUCGCUGACGACUCGAAAGCAAAUCGCAAGCAAAAAAUAAUAAAUAAAUAACAAAAAAAAAACCAAAGAAAAAAUCUUUAAAAAAAAAAUACAAAACACGCGCAACUUAAGUAUUUACAAAUCGAAAAAAUUUUAGAUAUUGUAAAGCCGAAAAUAAAGUGCUACAUUUGCCUCGACAGUGUGAAACAAGAAAGCAAGCAAGAUUUAAGCAGCAUUGUUUAUUUAAUUAAUGAAAAAUACAACUAAACAAAAGCAAACUAAAUUAUGCGAUAAAGAACGUAAUUAAAAUAACAAGUCAAAACGAAGCCUAAGUAUAUUACAAAAUAAUUGAAAUCAUAAUUAUUAUAAUAAUAAUAAUAAUAUAAAUAACAACAAUUGUUAUCCUUCUAAUUAAUGCUAAUGGAUAAAAACUCACAGCUUUAACUAAAGGAAAGUAACAGAGGCAUAAGAUUUUUCUUCUACAUAUUAAUUUUAUUAAGAUUAUUAAAUGAUAAUGAUAUUUAUAGGUACUACAAAAUGGUUCAAGCUAUUCAAUUAAUUCUUACAAAUAAUUAAAGCAUUAAAAUCAUAAUAAUUUAGACUUAAAUAUAAUGUUUCCUUUUUUUAUAUUAACAAAAACAAACAAACCCAAAAAAAAAAUCAAACAAAAAUAAAUCCCCCAAAGGAAAACGAAAUCAAUUCAAAAAGCAAGCAAACAAAACUACUCGUAAAAUUUCGAAAAUUAAAAACAAAUGAAAAACGAUGCGAAUACUUUCGGAACUCGUUGCCUAGGCAUUACAUAUAGACGCAUUUGCAACCGGUAAUUGCACCUAUUGCGAAUAAUCUAUCAAUGAUAAGCAGCAAAUAUACACACACACACAUAUAUAGUUUGGUUUUAACAAAAAGAUACUUGCAUGAGACACAUAAACAGAAUAACACAAUACAAACACAAAACAGAAAAUACAGAAAUGAAAACAACAAGCGCAACUACUAGCUAAUAUCAUGUAAAACAAAACAACAAACAAAUGCUACUAGAAUUGAAAACAAAAAGCGAAACAAAAUCUCGAAAUAAAAUACGCAUUUAGCAGCCUACAAACA